AAACAAAGAACUCACAGAGAUCUGUCUGCCUUUGCCUUCAGAGUGCUGUGUGCCCCCACUUCUGGAAGAAAGGGCAGUUCUGUAUAGUCCUGUUCAAACUGGAACUUGUUCUGUAGACCAGGCUGGCUGUGAACUUGUCAUCCUCCUGUUCCUCUGCCACCAGACUGCUGUGAUUAUACAUGAGCCACCACCCCCAGCCCCAUGUGUACCUGGGCUUUGCCAUUGUUAGUGCCCUACCCCUGAACCUUGUUCUUGGCCUACCUUCUACUUUUUUAUUCUGAGCCUGGAUCUCACUGAGUCAUGAAGGCCAGCUUUCAGUUCACUCCGUAGUGCACGCAGGCCUUGAACUUGGAGAGUUUCCUCCCUUGGUCUCAUGAGUAGCUGUAUUUCAGGCCUGGGCCACUAGGCUCAGCUCUCGUGUAUUCUUGUUUCCACAAGAGCAAAUGGCUCUAGAACCUACCUGUCAAACAGAAGUAGAAUUAACAGCUCCUGUGGCACAGGACUGCUGUGAUGGUCCAGCAACCAGCCACAUUUGCGUUGUGCUUACUGGAUGCCAGGAAGCUUUCUACGAAUGCAGGAGUCAUCAUCAUCGUCAUCAUCAUCAUCAUUAUUAUUAUUAUUAUUAUUAUUAUAUUUGCUAGAGGAGAUAGUAUUGUUAUUAUUAUAAAGAUUUAUUUAGAGAGAUUGUGUGUAUGUGUGUGCACACAUGUAUGUGCACUUGCACAUGAACCUUGGCAUGGAUGUGGAGGUCAGAGGAUAAUUAUCUAGGAGUUGCUUUUCUCCCUUCCCCUUGGUGGCCUUUCGUUGUUUUUGUUUUGAGUUAGGGUCUUUUGGUUUUGCCCAUUUUUAUCCCAUCUCGAAGUCAGGAUGUAGAAUUACCAAUAGAAAGCUUCUGUCUGGCUUUUAUUUUAUUUUUUUAAAUGUCUGUUCCAGGACUCCAACUCACAUCAUCAGGCUUGUGUGGCAAGCACUUUUACCUGCGGAGCUCCAGGAGGUCAGAUUGUUACCAGUUCCCAGGAGGAAACGGAGGCACUGGAAGGUGACACCAUCAGUCCGUUGCAGCCCCCCUGUGCCAGGAUGACUUGAGGAUGUGGAUGAUCUGCAGUCCAUCUAAAGCCUGGCCGAGGUCCGCAUGCCGCCACCACUCUGGUCCCUGUCCCCUAGCCCGGGCCGUGCAUUCCCGCCAGGAGGAAGCACAGGAGUGAGUCUUCUGAGCCUGUGGAGCAAGCAAGUGGCCGACAACGGAGGGACCCCGGGCCAACGGCUUCUCGGUUUGUUGGAAACAUUCUCCCACAGCGGCUCCGCAAGAUGACCAGCCUGUUUCGCAGGAGCAGCAGCGGCAGCGGCGGUGGCGGGGCCACGGGGGCUCGCGGGGCCGGGACCGGGACUGGGGAUGGCAGCGCGGCCCCUCAGGAGCUCAACAACAGCCGGCCGGCCCGCCAGGUGCGCCGCCUGGAGUUCAACCAGGCCAUGGACGACUUCAAGACGAUGUUUCCUAACAUGGACUACGACAUCAUUGAGUGCGUGCUGCGUGCCAACAGCGGCGCGGUGGAUGCCACCAUAGACCAGCUGUUACAGAUGAACCUGGAGGCGGGUGGUGUCAGCGCCUACGAGGACAGCUCGGACUCGGAGGACAGCAUCCCACCAGAGAUCUUGGAAAGGACUCUGGAGCCCGAUAGCUCUGAGGAAGAGCCCCCGCCUGUGUAUUCGCCGCCAGCAUACCACAUGCACGUGUUCGACCGGCCUUACCUGACUGCUCCUCCAACUCCACCUCCCCGGAUUGAUGUCCUGGGCUCUGGACAACCUGCAAGCCAGAGUCGCUACAGAAACUGGAACCCACCCUUGCUGGGCAACCUCCCAGAUGACUUUCUCCGAAUCCUGCCCCAGCAGAUGGACAGCAUUCAGGGUCACCCUGGGGGCUCCAAGCCUAUGAGUGGAGAGGGAGUCCCACCUGUGGCACCAGGGCCCAUGGCCUGCGACCAGGACAGCCGCUGGAAACAGUACCUGGAAGAUGAGAGAAUCGCUCUCUUCCUGCAGAAUGAGGAGUUCAUGAAGGAGCUGCAGCGGAAUCGGGACUUCCUCCUCGCCCUGGAGAGAGACCGAUUGAAAUAUGAAUCCCAGAAAUCCAAAUCCAGCAAUGUGGCCGUUGGAAGUGACGUUGGCUUUCCCUCCUCUGUCCCAGGAAUCAAUGAUACCAACCCCACUGUGUCAGAAGACGCCUUAUUCAGGGACAAGUUGAAACACAUGGGAAAAUCCACGCGCAGGAAGCUGUUUGAACUCGCCCGAGCCUUCUCGGAGAAGACCAAAAUGAGGAAGUCAAAGAAGAAACAUUUACCGAAGCUUCAGUCGCUGGGGGCUGCUGCAUCCACGGCCAACCUCCUGGAUGACGUGGAGGGCCAUGCUUAUGAGGAAGACUUCCGGGGAAGGCGGCAGGAGGAGCCUAAGGUGGAAGAGACCCUAAGAGAAGGACAGUAAGAGGUGCCCGAAGCUUCACCUUGCCAGAGAUGCUCUGACUGGGUGGAGGCAACCAGAGAGCAGCACCGGUGCCCUCCAGCUGCAGCCUAGACGGAUGGUGCUUGCACACCAAGGCUCAGGCUUCUUCAGCCACAGUCCAGCCUAGCCACUGCCGCUUUCCACAGGACUUAGAAUUUUCGGAAGCUGCUCGUGAUUGGAGGAGGGGCCUGGAGCCUUCGAGACAGCAGCCAGCCAGCCACAGCCCCAUUUGUAGUCUGGCUCCUCUAUAGGGGUUCGUGCACAGAAAUGCAGGAACUACCCCUCCUUCCCCUCCCCCCCCAAAAGAAAAGAAAAGAAAGAAAGAAAAAGAGAAAAGAAAGAAAGAGAAGAAAGAUCCCAUGCGGAGGCUCUUUGGGCCUGAAGAGAGUUCUAUUCCUUUCCUAUCUCCCCUGACCUCCAUAGUGGGUCUGAUCUACACCCCCUCCCAACCUCCUGUGGCCUUUCCCCACAAAGGUCCCCUGCCCCUCAGCCUUGCCAGGGACUGCUGACUCUUGGCUCCAACCUGCACGGAACUCUGGACACUUAGGUCUCGUCGGGUCCAGUUUAUAGGGCUGCUUCUAUUAAGGGCUGGCUGUCACUUCCAGCAGUCUCCACUUGACCCAGCAGGGAUGGGGAGGGUGACCCCCGGAGCUGGAGGAUUCUGUUUAGGCAGAGUCUUUAGUUUGGCUGAACCCAGAAGCUGGUUCUAAAUUUACAUCACAGUGGAGUACCUCAGGGUCUGGGCCAGUCCUGCUGUUUUGUAAGAUGGGGAGGUGCUGGAGCUUCAGAAUGGGGGUGACCAAAUGAGAAGAUGCAGGCUGAAGCCUGGGGCAGGGGAAUGGGCGGCAAGCACCUAGAACAAGAACUUACCAGGUAUCUCAGGUGGAGAACCAGAGGGGAUUUAAGGAACCGGCACCAACCACUGCCACGGGACAGAGACUACAUCUGUGUCCCACUCAUCCCCUGCCCUGGGAACGCGCUCAGCAUUUAGAGAGAUCUGGGAAGUCUGGACAGGUGUGGGGUCCUGGCUGAGAAUGGGAUCCGAUGCUUGGGUGGUGGCAGCUGCUACGGACUGGCAGAAAAUGGGAAUCGCCUCAACUCCUGCGGGUCAGUCGAGCUUCCCCGGGCUCGGAAGAGCGGUACACGCUGAGAGUGACCAAGUUUGGAAGCGUGCACAGUCAGUCCGGGUGGGGGUUGGGGUGGGGAUCACGUUGACUCCGAGCCAGGCCCGUGACCCCCUGGAGAGAAAGCUCCCCACCUCCAGGAGCCCCAGGAGGCUAAACUGAGUUCCAGACGUGUCUGGGCCCUCCCUGCUUCAAGGCCGGGCGCACUCGGGGAAGGCCUAGGUUUGUGUGUGUCACUUUGUUAUUUUUUCCCCUCCAGUGUGUGGUUUUUUUUUUUUUUUUCUUGGAGCUGUUUCAUAGGAAUUCCGGUAAUAAAGACUUGGUGUUCUCUUGGUGCUCUGA